CACUGAGUAUCUUCAGUAAUGAAGUCAUGAAAAUGUAAAACUACACACAUGAUAAAAACUGCUGCAAACAUGAUUAACAAUAAAGAAAUUAAAUAAGUCACAACAAAAACAAAAACUCUUUUCAUCAGCUGCUGUUUGCAGAGGUGUUUGUAAUAAAUAGACUGAGAACAUUUUGCAUACAUUUAUUAUUAUUAUUUAAAGUCAUUUAAUCAGAAUUGACCCAUUAGCUAUGUCCUAAAUGAUGGUGGACCAACUCAAGAAUCCCUAAAAUCGUCUGAAAUACAAUCUACUGAAAAAAUGUUGUAAUGUUAUGUUGAAUUGUUUAACAACAGUGAGAUGAGCUAAUACAGUAACUGCAUAUUUUUUUACUUUUCUGUUUUUUUUAGUUUUGUAUUAGUGCCACAACAACACAUGAUCAUGGUUCACCAACCCUUUAUGUUUUUAUAUUUUUGUGGUUUAUAUUUUUAGUAAAUAAUCACAUAAAGACAAAAUAUAAUGUUAGAAAAUGUAGUAAUUUUUUUAUUAUAGUUAUUAGAUUUAUAGUAAAUAAAUGAUUAGACACAGCUGUCAGGUACAAAUGAAGUUUAAAACAUACGUUCGGGAGGAGCCUAAACAUUCAGUCCUGUCAAUCAUCCUAACAGCCUAUUUAAGCGAGUUAGUCUCCACGCCUUACAUUGACGAUUCAUCCGGCUUUAGGCCCCGCCCAUUUCCGGAACAUGUCCCUCCAAGACAAACUCCUACUCUUCACCUUUGAUGAAGAAUUUUCCUCUGACGCAGAUUUAUCAUCAGCGGUCGUCGGGCCAUCCCAGGACCCUCCAACUCUAACCAUGUUCCCACGCAGAGCUUCGACGAAAGAGGACGCCCUUCCCAGCGUCCUCCUGCCGUUUAACCUUAGCGCUGCCGCCUAAAUCUUUUCUCUCUGCCUCCAGCGAGACGUCCUCGAACCACUCUUUCUGUGACUCCACCCAGACCAUCUCAAAUCCCUGCAAUAGAAAAAUGGACUGUGAACGGGAUGCGGCACGCUCUCACGUCUGCCGACAUCAAGUUUUCUAGAAGGCUGUCAAAAGCCCAACUUUACGAGCUUUACCUCUGUGCUCAAACCAGUCAGACCCCAGUAGCAGCUCCCCAGACAUCAUCCAAAAAAGGUCCUGAUUGCCCUCGUAAGAAUCCGCAGUGCGUUUCUGCAAACCCAAGGCCUUCACCAGCGCCAACCGCCUCGAGGGCUUCCCUUCCAGCCGCCGCGCCGCCUUCCACCGCAGUAAGCAUCUGCCCCUCCCCUUCUAGCCCAGCUGGUGCGACCGUCGCCCCAAACACCUCUCCACCCGUAAUCUACCCUUUCCUCGCACCCACAUCUGCCUCUCUCUUCGCUAAUGCCUCCCCAUCCAACCCCAUCUCUCUCCCUCUUCAGCUUUGCUAAAUCAGGCUCAAAACCCACCAAUUGUCCCCCCCCUCUUAUUUUCCAACUUGGGAUUUCCUCUAAUGUCACGGGAGUGCCCCCUAGCAUGUGGCUGCCUCCGCAGGCGAGAAACACUCUAGCUCCUCUCCCCUUCUCUUUCCACAGAUCUCUCUCCUGAGUGCAGAGCAUGGCAUGAGGCUGCCUCCGCAUACAGCGCCUACCCCAUUUUCACCUCUCUUAGGCCAUUCUCCUUCCUACACCCUUCUCACAGCCUUCCUUUUAGCAAUGCCCGCUACGCCGUUGCCAUGGACCCGCCACCUGGUCUCAGCCUCAUGUUGCUUUCAGACAGCCAGCGACUUUCUCGCUGUGUGUCACCCGUCUCUUUCAACGAGGCGUUUCUAAAUCUGCUUGUCAUAAACAAAUGAGUACCAUCUACUCCAGUAACUGACAAGAGAAGGAUGACAUGAACUCCACUGCUUCGUUCUCAUCUGUAGUCCCUCAACAUUUGCAUAAAGUUAAACUCUUCUUAACUUUCUCGCGUCGCUGGGCACGCCCAUACGGUCACCAAUGGUCACUUUCGCUCGUGCCGCCGAAGUCGCCAGGUUUCCAUUGAAAUGAAUGAGAUUGCGUUGCUCUGCUACUGCUGGUCGCUGGUUGUCUGAAUGGGGAGUCAGAUGUCACGCCCACAGACUGUUGGCUAAAUGUCUGAUGUUUCUCGUACACUUUUCUGGAAACCCUGUGAGAAUGUCAAAGUCUUCUUUGAUUGGUGGAAAUAAACCGGAUUUCCAGGAGACGUGUCACGAUUAGUGUCAGUCCCUGGAAAACAAAGCUCUGACGUUCCAUUGAGGAAGAGAACAGUCGUGUUCACGUGGAUAUAAAUGACCAGUUAUCAUGAUCAGCGGUAUAGACUCUCUAAAAGACAUCCAAGAGUUUUGCUUGAGGCAGUAAGUGGAGUCAAAAAGUUUAGUUUUCCUGAAUUGCUUGUAGGUGUUACAAAGUGGAGAGAUAUGCUUUAAACAGACGUUUAUUGUCGUGAUGAAGUGCACAACGUUGUUCUAUGGUGAGUAAUGUUGUUUAUUUAGAUGCUAUUCGGUUGGCUGGUUAUUUCAAUAACUGACUUGUUGCCAGCCUGCUCGUUGUUGUGGGGAGUCCGAAACGUGAAGCUAGACGAAACAAACUGUGAUUGGAUGUUUGACAUGUCGGUCAAACAGCUUGUUGGCGGGCUUUGUCCAGAAAAAGCAGCGAAAAACACCAGACCUUUAGUAUUGAAGGUCUGGCUACGCGAGACUACCCACCACCCAUCUCCAACUCACUUCGCUCUCAAAUUCUUUCAGGUACUGACAUGGACACGGUCUCUCCUUUCUCUUUUUCCAAAAAAAGAUAGCCAUCGUUUUCUGGCCUGUGGCGCUUUCUCCGUCGUCCUUAAAGACUAACCUUCCAACUCCAACCACAUACUCUCAUUUGCAGAAUUCGUCAUAGCCUUUAAUAAAUAUCACUGCAUGAAAAGAGGUGUAUCCGUACUAGGAAACUCCUGUAAACACCACUGAUUUUCGGAAGUAUCUACUAGUUCCGCUGAGUGUAAACUUCUAAUUCCACCAAGUUAGGAAACUCCCGUAAUGAUACCAAUUCGGAUGUAUCUUGCUGAGGGGAUAUUCCUGUGGUAUAUGCAGCCAUUUGUUGCCAUGGCAAAUAAUCCCACUGAAGAUUUUGUCAGGGGACAUUUUCACACCUACAGAGGUACUGGGAUUUCACACCUUUGCACAAUUCUAGUGUCCCCAUUGGUGUUUAAAGGAGCAUUUCACCCGUAGAAACAUUAAUCUUUAUUGAAAUUGUGUCAUAUUUGUAGUAGAAAUUUAACACACACUUCAAAUGUGGUGCCUACUUGACCGAGAAUAGACAGAAAUUGACUUUAGGGUGUCAUUUGUAUAGAAUACCACAACUCCCACAAUGCACCACGAUGCACGGCUCCGCAAAGCCACUCCCACUAAUCCAGAACACCGCCUACAAGACUUAUUCAUUUCACAGAAAACUUUUAUCGAGUUAGUUGGCGAAUUACUCCUCGUUUGUUUUUCUGUCAAAAUGGUGAAUUCUUGCAUGGUACAGGGAUGUUCAGUCAAAGCAAGGAAAGGGCAACAAGUAAGUUUUCAUUAUCUACCGAAAGAUACGGAGCGAUGCAAACAGUGGCUCAGGGUGAUAAAUCAUCCGUACUACUCGGAACACACACCCGCGGAAUAUUUGAAAAAACUAAAGGUUUGCAGUCUUCAUUUCAAAAAAGAAGACUUCCAAUUGAAUGUCUUGGGAAUGAAGAGAGUCGCUCUUUUGGACUCCGCCAUUCCGUCGGUGUUUACCUUUCCAGAAGACGAUGAACAACCGGGGCCAUCUGGACUUAGCAGCGCGAAACGCAUUCGCUUGGAGACUGAGACUGCGUCUGAUGCUGCUUUGCUAUCGUCGUCGUCGGAAGAUGAUGAACAACCGAUUACAACAUCAACACCUGUCAAGCAACCUACCCCUGUCCAAGCAGCACAGUUUUUGCCAAGUACACCUGGUGCCCUUGACACAAGUGCCAGCAGCAUUGAAGUUGGUUUCAUCGACGAAAGCUAUCAGCUUGAGUCGACCAUUACCCCCACAUCAUCAUCUUCGUCAUCAGAAGAUGAAGGUGGAAAAGACUGGCAUGAGAAGAAGGUUAUUGUCAAUGAAUCUAGCCUAAUGUCACUAUUUAAAUUCUGCCAGAUGUGUGGGAAACCUAUUUCUUCGAAGGACAUCUUUGAUAAUGGGGCACAGAGAAAAGUAAAAUGGACUUGUCUUGGGGGUCAUUCGGGGACUUGGACAUCUUCACCUGAUGUUAGAGGAAUGCCACAGGUGAAUCUCCUUUCUGCAGCAGCUGUUUUGUUCAAGGGUGGAACAUACACGGAACUGUCAGACUGGUGCACAACCAUGAGCAUCCAAAUGAUUUCACAAACGACAUUUUACACCAUUCAGAACGCAUACUUGCAUCCCGCUAUUGAGAACUUGUAUGAGGAGAGAAGAAAUGAAGUUUUGGCAAGAAUUUAUUUGGAACAGGAGGAUGGGAAGCGCCCACACUUGGCGGGCGAUGGCCGAUGUGACUCGCCAGGUUUCAAUGCAAAGUAUUGUCACUACACAUUUAUGCUAGACGAUACAAAGGAGAUAAUCCACACGGAGCUGGUGCAGUGUACAGAGGCCACCAGCUCUGGAGCCAUGGAGCCAUUAGGUUUUAGAAGGGGAAUGACAGAGCUUCUAGACUUGGGCCUUGACGUGGAGGUGAUGACAACGGACCGCUCGUCAUCAAUAAGGAAGAUAAUGAGGGAACAAUAUCAUAAUAUCCAGCACGAAUUCGACAUCUGGCACACAGCCAAAGGUUUCCGGAAUAAAAUACUGACGAAAGGGAAAAAAAAGGACACUGCAAUCCUUCUCGCAUGGACCAGGUCUAUCGUAAACCACAUGUGGUAUACCUGUGCCACAAGUAAGGGGAACAUAGAGGCACUGCAAAACCGUUGGAAAUCAAUUAUACACCAUGUUUGCAAUGAACACGAGUGGAGAGAUGAUGACGGAACACUGCAUCAGUGUGAUCAUCCUCCUCUUACUGCCCAGGACCAGAGGGUGCGAAUGUGGAUUGGCAAGGACUCGGUGGCAUUGCAGGCCCUGUCGUCACUGGUCCUAGACAAAAAACUGUUGAAAGACCUCAACCAGAUGGCACUCUUCAAACAUACUGGGCCACUGGAGAACUUUCAUAGUGCCAUGCUGAAAUACCUCCCCAAGCGGCAGGCCUUCUCAUACCAUGGGAUGAGGGAGAGGUGCCACCUUGCCAUCUUGGACCAUAAUGAAAACAUUGUGAAAAGGAGGCAAGCCACCACAGUGACAGGAGAAGAACGAUUCAAGCAGGUGUACUGCAAGAAAUCCAAGCAGUGGAUACUAAAAAAAGUCUACACACCACAUACCACAGACUUUGUCACAGAUUUAAUAGAGAAGGUCCUGGAAAAUAGACGGAAUCCAAACAUCCCAUUCAAAAUGGCGACCUCGUCACUUGCCCUGCCACAACCUGCGUUGCCACCCAACAUAGCCCCAAUACCGAAACCUUCAAAGGAGACUGCCAAAGAAUCAUUCCAAAGCCGAUUCUGAUACAUCACAUCGCACCCAACUCCAUCUCUCACUGCUCUGCCUCACCAGCUGUGCCUUUUUAUAUUCUGCCACCACUGUGUGUGUCUGUGUGUGUAUAUAUUUACAUUUUAUUUUUAUCUUGUUUAGUUUCUAUAACUACAUUCAUGC